UUUUAAUUUAUUUUGAUUUUGAUUUUUGGGGGUGGCAGCGGUGUAUCUCUGAGCUGCCUGCGGAGAUGAGCUCCGGUGCCUGCCUGUAGUUUCCACUUUGGGAUCGCUGGACACAGAAGUGGCAUUUCGGUGGGGGAAAGCUGCAGACAUGUGAGGAUGGCUGGACCACUGCAGUGGCGCACUGAUUUUUGUGGAUGGUGAUCACAAAAAGAGAAUUGAGAAGAGGCCACCCGAGUUAUUCUGACACAUGACUUCAGUGCUUUCUAUUCUUAGACAGAUGAGGAUCUGAAAUAUGUAGACUGAGAAUAACACGUCGAGGUUAAAACAGUAUUCUACAAGAAGCAUUUGAUGGAUUGUUCCUAGAUAUUUCUAAGGAGGCAACUACAAAAAGUUAUUCCAAUCUGACCACCAGGCAGACGUAAUUAUUUUAAUGUUGAAUACUCAGACAAGGGUGCCAUGGAUGUGAAAGAAAGGAAGCCGUAUCGAUCUCUGACCCGGCGCCGCGACACUGAGCGCCGCUACACCAGCUCUUCAGCCGAGAGUGAGGACAGCAAGGCACCCCAGAAGUCCUACAGCUCCAGCGAGACCCUGAAGGCUUAUGAUCAGGACUCCAGGCUGACCUACAGCAAUCGGGUCAAAGACAUGGUGCACCAGGAGGCUGAUGAAUUCUGCCGAGCAGGAGCCAACUUCUCCUUGCGAGAACUGGGACUUGAAGAUGUGGCACCCACACAUGGGACUUUGUACCGGACCGACAUCGGGCUGCCUCACUGCGGCUACUCCAUCAGCGCCGGCUCGGAUGCCGACACGGAAACAGACGUGGUCAUGUCGCCUGAGCACCCGGUGAGGCUCUGGGGACGCAACACCAAGUCUGGACGCAGCUCCUGCUUGUCAAGCCGGGCCAACUCCAACCUCACCCUCACCGACACGGAGCAUGAGAACACUGAAACCGGUAAGUGGUGACAGCGCAUGCAAGUGUCAGC